AUGCGUCUUUUUUGCCGGCCGCUUUUGGGGAAGGCCUCCGGGCAACAGCCGCCCCGGCCAGUUGCUGUGGCGCCGCGGCCCUUUUCUCCUUCCGCAGGCGCCGCCCCUGAGCUCUCGCGGCGGGAGAAGUUGGUGGCAAGGCUGAGUGAGGAGGUGUUUUCAAAGGGCAAUGUGCACCUCAAGAACGUGUGUGCGCUCUCCGCCUUGCCGGAGGGCCUGCAUUCGUUUCCGGAAGUGUGCUUCAUUGGCAAACCGAACGUGGGCAAAUCCUCCAUCAUAUCCUCCCUGCUGCACAACCGUCGCUUGGGCCGUUCCGGGGGCGCGCGGGGAACCACGCGACUUCUGCAGUUCUUUAACGUAGGAGAUGCCAUGCUACUUGUCGACACCCCUGGCUACGGCGGUUGGGGGGGACGGCGCCUGCCGCAAGGCCUUGCCGAGCGCGCGGGCGCCUUUGCCGCUUUGUUUCGUUACUUGGCGCUCCGCAGCUCGGGCCCACUGAAGCGGGUCUAUUGGGUGAUGGAGUCCACCGGCUCUUUUCAACCCCGCGACGAGGAAAUCCUCGCCUUUCUGCAGAACGAACGCAUACCCUUUUCGGUGCUUCUGAGCAAAAUUGACCGCUUCAAGGGCGAUCCGGCGGCCCUGCAGCGGCAGACGGAUCGUAUCUGGAGCUUUUUGGGCAGCGACGAGGUCCCCGUGCUGGGCGUGCGGGCCAGCCCAAAGUACCCAGAGAGGUGUUUGAACAUCGAGGCCCUGCAGCACGACAUCACAUACUACUGCACGCAAGAGCUCCGCCGAGCCGAGGACUUGACCUACAAGGGCGUCAGGGAACUGAGCUACGCGCCUCCCUCGCCGGAGGUGAUCGCGGCAGUGGAGCAGCGCUACCCCGUGGAGGCCUUCCUCUUGCCCGAAGACGACAACCUCUCGCUGGAACGCCUCGUCCUAGCGCAUGAGGAAGCCAAAGCCAAGUGGUUGACGACGUCACCGAAGGCGGCCUUAUUAUCGGCAAAGGUCAUGGCUGCAAAUCACCUCGUGGCGUGUUGUGAGCAGAACUGCGACGACGGCGACAACAGCAGUGCUCGUCACCGGGCACUUUUGCCGUCACCGGCUUUGGCGGGCGCAGGAGGCGCAGCGGUGCAACGCACUUUGGAUUCAGCCAUGCCUCUGGGGGGUGGUGCUUCUUCCUUCGUGGGACGAGGGGAGGGUCCGCGACGGUUUCGAGUUCGGGCGUCACUCCGGAUGAUACCGCAGCAGCAGCACGCGACCGACUGCCGGAUGGACGCAGACGCCUCAACACCCGACGCUUAUGCCGCGGACGUUUCAAAAAGCGCCGACCCAGCGUCAGCGCCUCCGCCCUCUUGCGGCAGGACGCCGCUGCGGUCAUCCCCGACACCGCUGCUGCCGCAGCUUCCCGCCAGCUUAGACAGUGAGGCGCACGCCCUGCGGGCCAUCAAUGGCGUGCCUAUAGCAAAGAGUAUGAUUACCACGUCUGUGGCAAGGCUUCCUGCGUCUCAGGAAGGCUCCCUUGAGCAAUUCUCGCAGCAUUCAAGCGCGGGAGACUAUAACCGACUUCUCUUGGCGGAGCUGGGCGGGCAACACACGUUUAUCGAGGAAGGUGAGCACGCAGGCCUCUUUGAGAGUGACACCUUGUCGCUCCGGCGUCCCGUGAGGAAAAGCGCCCGGCGUCGGCAUCUCGACCGCGUCCUGGAAAAGUACGUCUCGCGGGUGCGCAAGCGGCGCUCACUCUACGUGCAGGCGGAGGGGUAUAUGUGCCCUUGGCUGGCGGGAGCGGGGCAGCCGUCGCGUACUGCGGUGGUGGGUUCCGCGCGUGACGAUUUCUCCAGGGGCGGCGGAGGCGGCGGCGGGCUGAUGUUGGGUCUCAAACGCACGGGGUUUGGCGGCAAAAGCCUCUCGGCGCACACCAUGAAGAACCGUGGGCGAGCAACGAAGAAGACGGGGUUCUGGGCGACGUAG